GGCGCGCGGCGAAGUCGGUCGGCAUAGAGCAACCGAGCGCGACGCGAUGGCAAACGUGGCGCUGCUGUCCGCCGCCUCACCCUCCACCUUCUCCCCCGCUCCCCGGGCCCGCCUCCUCCUCCUCGCUCGCUGCCCUCCGCCUCGCCGCUCCGCCUUCCCCGGAACAGCAGCCUCCCGGCUCUCCAUCAUGGCUGCAUUGAGUCAUGAUCCGAUCAGGGAAUGGAUUCUCACCGAAGGGAAGGCCACCAAGAUCACAGGAGUCAGCUCCAUUGGUGGUGGAUGCAUUAAUUCUGCUCAGUGCUACAGGACCGAUGCCGGUUCCUUCUUUGUGAAGACCAAUAGGCGUAUUGGUCCGUCUAUGUUUGAAGGGGAGGCUCUUGGUUUGAAGGCAAUGUAUGACACAAAUUCAAUCCGUGUUCCAUUGCCGUACAAGGUUGGAACGUUACCAACUGCUGGUUCUUUUAUAAUCAUGGAGUUUAUUGAAUUCGGUCGUUCUAGAGGUGACCAGUCAGCUUUGGGAAGGAAGCUAGCUGAAAUGCAUAAAGCUGCCAAGUCUGAUAAGGGCUAUGGUUUCUAUGUUGACAAUACAAUUGGAAGCACCCCGCAAAUUAACACUUGGACUGCCGACUGGAUUGAGUUUUACUCAAAGCAUCGAUUGGGCUUCCAAUUAGAGCUGAUAACCCAACGAUUUGGAGAUUCAGCAAUAUAUGAAAAAGGUCAGCGAUUGAUCAAUAAUAUGCUUCCACUUUUUGAGGGUGCUGUUAUUGAGCCAUGCUUGCUUCACGGGGAUCUAUGGAGUGGAAACAUAAGCUCUGAUACUAAUGGUGAUCCUGUAAUAUUGGACCCAGCCUGCUACUAUGGCCACAAUGAAGCAGAGUUUGGUAUGUCAUGGUGUGCUGGAUUUGGCGGGGAAUUCUAUAACUCCUAUUUUCAGGUGAUGCCGAAACAGCCAGGCUUUGAGAAGAGGAGGGACUUGUAUCUUCUGUACCAUUAUCUGAAUCACUACAAUCUUUUUGGCUCCGGGUACCGCUCAUCAGCUAUGUCCAUUAUCGACGACUACUUGAGGAUGCUGAAGGCUUAGCUUUACUUCUGUUUCCAUCGCAAAGAACAGAAUGAAGAAGAGGUACGUAUAUAUGUCAUGUUUCUUAUAUACUGUAUAGUCUCGAUACGUUGUGAAUCCAUUGUGAAAUAAACAUAACCGUAUCAACCGAAAGGUCGUCAAAUCUGCAAAUAUCUUACUGUUGAUCCACCGUGACCCUGUUUCCGGAUGUGCUAGGUGUCGCGCAAGAACAACGCAUUCUUUUCCUUUUU